CAUUGAAAAAAAAGUGAGGUUAUGGUGCGCCGCGCGCGAAAAAAUUUGUUCCUAAUCCGGCGUCCUUCAAAUUUAGCUAAAAUAUAGUUCUUUUAGCAAAUUACUAGUGAAAAACAAGUGCAGACAAGUCACCGGUGUGAAACUGUACAUCAAAAAGAUGCUCAAGCUAGUGCCUCCCGCUCUAGCAAUUUCAUUAGUAUUCUGCGUUAUUCUGAGAAGGCUAUACGAAAAUAUACGCUCCCGCUACGAUGCCACAGUAAAUUGCUGGUUUUGCAAUAAAAAUUCACGGGUGCGUUAUGUGGAGCGCAAUAGUUGGACCUGUCCGCAUUGCGUACAGUACAAUGGCUUCACGAAGGAUGGCGACUACAAUCGGGAUAUGUUGUUGCAGCGCGACACCAGUGCCAGUUCCAGUUCCAGCUCGUCGCAGAAGCACAACUCGUCGCGUGGCGAGGCCACGGCCGCGGCCACAAGCAUCUGUGCGAAUUCGUACUAUCCGGAUACCAUGGCUGCCAGCUCCGCCGCCAUGCAGCAGACGCCCAACAAUGGCCUGUGCGAUCAGUGCAACGAGUCGCAGCGUCUGAAGGUUGAGAAACUCGCACAGUUCGAGCCCAAGCAUGAGUCGCGUUACGAUCGGGAGCUCAAGGUCUACCAGGAGCAGCUGGAGCAUCAGUUCCGUUUGUGCAGCAGCUGUGAGCGACAUGUGAACAAGGUGCUGCGCGAGAAGAAGAAAAUGGUGCUAAAUCCAAAGAUCCUGAAUUUCCUGAUCAAGGGCGCCGCCCUGCUCAAGCAGCCGCAUUUCAAUCGGCUGGCCAGUGCCCAGCGCCAGCAGAAACUGCAUCGCUAUCAGCUGUGGAUGGCCCUGCUGACGGUGGGCAAUAUUUUGUGCCUGCUCUGCAGUAUGCCGCCAGCCACACGCGAACAGUUUCACACGAUACUGGGCGAACAUCUGGGCUCUGCACUUUUCUACCUGUACUCGCACGUGGUGGCGCUGCUGUGUGUGACGGCUGACGCUGUCGGCGGCAUGCUGGAACAGCGGGCAGCUGUUGCGCCCGCCAAACUGCUGCUCUACGCUCGCACCUUUGGCAAGCUGCUGCUCUACUCGUGCGGGCUCAGCCAGCAGCAGGUGCAGCAGGCGACAUUCAGCUCCUGCUUCACCGGCAUCUAUCCGUAUGCGAUGCUAGCGCUUAGCUUGUGCCACAAGCUGUGCAAUGGCCUGCGGCUGACGCGCUUUACGCUCAUCCUGCUGCUGUGGAGUAACUAUGCCAUGGGCAUAGCCCUGCUGCAAGCCUACAUCGAUGGCAUUACCUUUAUUCUGCUGGGCAGUGGGCUGACCCUCGUGCUGCUGGCCACAAAUCGCGCCAAUCUGCUGAGCCAGAUGCACCAGAACGAGUCGGCCAGCGAGAGCUUCCAUCGACUGUGCGCGGACGAGUGCAUCGCCGAUGAGGACACCCUGGGCAUGAUCACCGAACAGCUGAGCACCUGCAGCGGCCCGAAUAUGUCCAGCCAGAGCGGUGGCUCGCCCUCGAGCGGCAUCACCAGCCUGCGGCACUCGCGCAACUUUCUGCCCAAUGGCAGCGUCCGGAAUCUGUCGCAUGUUUCGCCCUCGAGCGGCAUCAGCACGCUACGUCCGCGUGGCUUGGCCAAUCACAAUAGAAAAUCGCCCACCGGCCUUUCCAUGGAAUCGCUGCAUUUGUCCAGCCGGCGUGGCCCAUCGACUGUCUACUCGACUGCCAACUGGCGGCCGGGCCCUGCCCCUGCGCCUGCUACUGCCACAAUGGGCCACAAUGAGUCGCUGCAAUCGCCUGCCGCACACUGGUACAGGCACACCAAUCUGAACGGCCAGCAAGUGCAGCAGCUGAACGGCGGCCGCUCCACGCAGAAUCUGCUGAUGCCCUCGCGGCUGCCGGCUGUGCCGCAGAUUGAGCGCGAUGUGGGCGCCUGGGUGGUCACGCACAGCAUCAAUCCGAAUGUCUACGAGCAGUGUGCCGCCAGCAAGCAGAGCCACCAAAAGGAGCAGCAACUCUCGCGCACCUCCUCGCAGUCGUCGGGCUUUGAGUCGCAGCACCGUCCGGAAUCGCAAUGGAAUCCCACACUGCCUGCGCCAGCGGCUGCGGCUGCCUAUUACGCCCCGUCGGGCGCACCCUCGCCCGGACUGUCAUAUGCGGCAGGCAGCUCCGCCUGGGAUUAUCCGGGCCAGCGUACAGCGCGCGAGGGCAUCACACUGCAGCCGGGAGAUUUGCUGCGGAAAUUGGGUCGAGGGCAAUGCCCGCACGCAGCUACACUGAUUUUGUUUUUCUUCCUAUUUUUUGGCUAUUUUUUUUUACGUGUUGUUUCCCUUCACUGCCAGCAGCAUACACGACGCACGUACGCUUAUAUUUAUAUUUAUAUAAUUUAAUAUUAGACGCCUUUUGUUUAUACACAGUGAUGAUUUUUUU